UACAAGCAUAACAGCAGCAUAAUCGAUAGCUCAAUUUGUAGCCAUGGCGAGCUCUUUUGGUCUAGGCCUUGCCUGUUUCGUCCUCCUCGUCGCCGCGGCCGGCGCGACGCGGUACAAGGUCGGCGGCGACAAUGGCUGGGCCGUGCCUGACUCCAGCGCCGAGCCCUUCAACACUUGGGCGGAGAAGACCAGCUUCCAGAUCGGAGACCAGCUCUUGUUCGUGUACCCCAAGGACAAGGACUCGGUGCUCCUGGUUGAGCCGGCCGACUACAACGCCUGCAACACGUCGUCGUACGACAAGCAGUUCGACGACGGCAGCACAGCCUUCACCCUCGACCGCUCCGGUGCAUUCUUCUUCAUCAGCGGCGUCGAGGCCAACUGCCGGAGCAACGAGAAGCUCAUCGUCAUGGUCGCCGCCGGAGGCAAUGCCAGCGCGCCGGCGCCAGACAAGGGGUCUCCUUCGCCGCCGCCUUCGACGCCAGCUCCCUCGAAUGGCAGUGGCGGCGGCGCACAGGCUCAGGCGCCACCUUCCUCACCUAAUGCUCCGGCGGCGAAGAACUCCACGGCCAAGGGCGCGCCCCCUGCCGCCGGCAACGACAAGAAUGGUGCUGGCCUCACCGUGGCAGGUUUCGUCGCCUCGUUUGUAGGCUGCAUUGCUUAUGCCACGCUUGCUUUCUGAAGGAUGCAGUAAUUUUCGUUGUGUAACCGUCAGAGGAAGUUGUGUGAACAAAAUGUAUCUUUUGUGUUUGGAUUGAGGAAACACCUCAUUCGAUCCAUUAAUGAACAGAUCAGAAUUGGUUGCUGCAAUUGGUAUAUCAAACACAAGAAUGAAGCAUUGUAGAAAUGAAAAGGAAAUGCAAUGUUUUGGU